UACGCCUCAUGUAUUUACUGGCUGUUAUCUUUGUUUUCGGAACAUGUCAGGCUUCCAAGGGUUUUAGGCAGUCUGACUUCGCGAAAAGUGAUCAGUUUUUGGAGCCUCCGGAAAAUCCGCAGUAUAAGAGUUGGCUAAGUUGGCGUUCAGUGGUCGAGAACGAUCACCCAGAUGACCAUGACUACUACGACGACGCCCGAUAUAAAAGCCUUAGAUCUAAACCGGAAGAGAAACCACCGGAAAUCGACGGCCAUGAUAAUAUUAAGGACUUGUAUAAGACAUUAACAGACUUGGAUAAGUGGGCCGAGUUUCGGACUGAAAGCAAAAUGUUGAUGCAAAAAUACGCUGAUGUGCCUAAAGAUGAGCAAAAUAAGGAACUUUUGAGACAAGAAUUAAACGUAAGUCCUGAUACUUAA